UGCAUGAUUUUGGGAUGUGGGAGGAAACCGGAGUGCCCGGAGAAAACCCACGCAGGCACGGGGAGAACAUGCAAACUCCACACAGGCGGGGACGGGGAUUGAACCCCGCACCUCAGAACUGUGAGGCUGACGCUCUAACCAGUCGGCCACCGUGCCGCCCAUUAAGCAACAAUGUACAUAAAAUGAUUAAAAUCCUAUUAAACAAUGUCUUUUACAUUGUUCCCCCCACCACCACCACCACCACCACCACCACACACACACACACACACACACACACACACACACACACACACACACACACACACAUCACAUGCUCUGAAUCCAAAUCCAAUCCAGAUUGCACAUUUGCCCAGUGUAAACUCUACAUGGAAGGUUGCUGAUAUGGCCAUUCUAGUCGAUAUAUAUCGAUUAAUUCUAUUCGAUAUAUAUCGAUUAUUCCAAGGUAUUUUCCCCACAUGUGCGCUGAAUCCGAAUCCAAUCCAGAUUUGUCAUGUAGCAGCAAAGUAAAAUCAACAGGUAAUCAUUUUUAACAUCUUCAAAUGCUUAUGUGUCUAUCAUAUUAGAUGUAUAUAUUAUUCCAAGGUAUUUUCCUAGUGUGUUCUGAAUUCGGAUCCAAUCCAGAUUGCUCAAAUAGCAACAAUGGAACUUCAAGAGUGUGAAUUGCUUAUGUCAACUAUAUUAUAUAUGAAUAUUCUUUCAAUAUAUUUUUCCCAAUUGUGCUCCAAAUCCAGAUCCAAUCCAGAUUGCACAAUUGGCACCAAUCUAAACUCAAGAUCAAAUGUCUGACAGAUCAGGUUGCAAUUGUGCUCAUGUAGAAUCUUAAUAGAUAAAAGGAAUAACAUGGAAAAGUUUUGUGUCGCUAUGAUGUUAAUUCUAAGCCAUGGGGGAGAUCUGCUUUUUUGUUUGUUUUUGUUGUUUUAAACCUCAUCUAAACAACAAAACAAAUAGAAAGGGCUGCAACAGAGUUGUGAGCACAUCCAGUCAGCGUGGGCCGACAGCUCAUCAAUAGCUAACGUUGGCCUCUGUAUGGAUCCUCUGCUGGAUUUCGGCCAACUGGUGCCAACAUUCAGAGACGCUACACACAUAAGUGAACUUUUUAAGUGGACAAACAAAAACAAGGACGUAAGCAGAGCUACCACUGAUUAGCAAUGCUACAAGUUGCAAAUUGUACAGCCAAUAUAGUACACAAGGUCUUCUGAUUAGCUGCCGUCAAACUCAUACUAAACAUGGAGCCGCCUCGUAGUCAUCACAAACAUACAAUUGUUUACUCGGAAAAAGUUCCACAUGGUCCUUAACGAAGUCUAAAAACAUUAUGUAGGAGCCCACUCUGGUAUAUUACCACUGCCUCGUGAAUCACAAAUAUACACUUGUUGACAAUGACUUAUUUACCCCCACGUGUCAUAAUGAUCAUCGCCAAACAUCACAGCCCUGUCAUCCCUUAUGAGACAGGAAAGUAGUCAUCGACAAAGGCAGGAAAGUCUGGAAUUCGCCGGAAUGAGAGGAGAGAAAAAACACAACUCGUCAGGAAGCAAUGCGGUGACCCGAUCGCGUCAAAGAAGAAGAAGAAGUCUCGUUACGACGGGCAGCAGCGUGACGCAGAGUCACGCCAAAUGGAGAGUAAAAUUAAGCUGCAAAUACGCUCCUGCCUGUCGAGCCUGCAACCGCGACGUUUCCGGGAGAUUUACCGGGUGGGAGAACGCCGACAUCACGCGAUUUGCAUCCGUGACGGCUGGCUGGAGUUCUACCUGACAUGUGUGGAGGAGGCACAGCGUAGAAUAUUUCCCAUUAAUUCCAAUAAUUCAUUGAGAGACUCAAAAGCCCCAGGAAUGUCUGGAAAGGACACAAACUGUUUGCUAAAAGGAGGUAAGAGGGAGGUGAAAGAGAGAAGAGCAGAAGAGAGACAUUUAGAAGUGAUUGGCAUAGGAGGAAAUUAUGAUGAGAAGGAGAAUGAAAUCGACCUUGAAAAGAACAAGGUGAGUGGUCAUGAAGAGGAGGAGAAAAAUCACCAAGAGGGGAAAAAAAGUCACAAUGUGGAAAAGGAGAAAAUGAAUCACCAAGAAGGAGGGAUUGGCAGGGUGAAGGAGAAGAAAUGGGAAAGAAAUGGUGACCAGGAGAGUAAUGACGAGGAGAAGAACAACAAACAAGAGAAAGAGGAGGAGAAAAACAGUGGUCCUAAUGAGGAGAAACAGGGUGACCAGAAAGAGGAGGAAAUAAAGGGUUACAAUAAGGAGAAAGAGUGGAAGGAGGACAUUAACUGGAUGAAGGAAGAGAAAGUGGAUGAUCAUGUUGAGGAGGAGAAAAAAGGAAACCAGAAUGAGGAGAAAGAGAAACAUCACGAAGAGGAGGAGAGAAGGAGCAACCACAAGGUAGAUGAGAAAAGGAAUGACCAAGAGGAGAUUGACUGGAUGAAAGAGGAGAAAGGGAGUGAUCAAAAUGAGGAGGAAAGGGGUGACCAGGAAGAGGAGCAAAAGGACAAAGAGGGUUAUCAUGAAGAAGAGGAGAAUGAAGGAGAUGAUGUGGAUGUGAUGAAGGAGAAAGGGGGUGAUUUUGUUGAGAAGGAGCAGAGGGAAAGUAGUCAUGAUGAUGAAGAGAAGAAUAACCAGGAGGAAAUAAGGAGUUACAAUGAGGAAAAAACAGGUGACAAGGAGCAGCAGGAGGAGAAAGCGAGUAAUCAUGAAGAUGCGAAGAUUAACGACCAGCAAGAGAAGAAGGAGGAGGAGAUUGACUGGGUGAAGGAGGAGAAAAUGUGUAACCAGGAGGAGCAAGAGGAGAUAGAGGGUAAUCAUGAAGAGGAAGAGGAAGACAGAAACCAAGAGGAGGACAAAAGGAAUGACCAAGAGGAGGAGUUUGACUGGAUGAGCCAUCAUAUUGAGAAGGAAAAGAAGGAUGACCAGGAGGAGGAGCAGGAGGAAAAGGAGAGCUGUGGUGAAGAUGAACAGAAGAAGAACCAACAGGAAGAGUUUGACUGGAUGAAGGAGGAGAAAGGGAGUGAUCAAGAAGAGGGUGCCAAAAAGAGCAAACAGAAGGAAGACGAGCAAGCGGAGAAGAUUGACUCGGGGAAAGAGGUAAACCGAGGUCAUUACAAAGAGGAGGAGAAAAGGGAUAACCAAGAAGAAGAGCAGGAGAAGGAAGAGAGUGAUCACAAUGAGGAGGAGAAAAAGAGCAACCAUGAAGUGGAGGAGAAAAGGAAUGAACAAGAUUGGUUGAAGAAAGAGAAAGGGAGUAAUCAUGUCGACCAAGAGGAGGAACACGAUGAGAAAAAGGGUGAUCGUGAAGGGGAGGCAAAAAAGAGCAACCAGGAGGAGAAAAGGAAUGACCAAGAGGAGGAGUUUGACAUGGUCAAUGAUGAGAAAGGGAGUGAUAAUAAUGAGGAGGAGAUGAAGAGUGACCAGGAGAAGGAUGAGGAGGAGGAGAAUAGUCAUGAAGACAAGGACAAGAAUGACCAGGAGGAGGAAGAAAUAAAGAGUUACAAUGACGAGCAAGGGGGUGACCAGGAGAUGCAGGAGGAGAAAGAGAUUAAUCAUGAAGAGGAGAUGAACGAACAGCAGCAGCAGGAGGAGGGGGAGAAGGGUGAUCAUGAAGAGGAGAAAAAGGCUGACAAGGAGGAGGAGAAAGUGGAUGAUCAUGAUGAGGAGGAGAAAAGGUGCAACCAGGAGGAGGAGGAGGGCAGGAGUUACGAGAAGGGGGAGGAGAAAAAGAAUGACCAAGAGGAGGAGAUGGACUGGGUCAAGGAGGAGAAGGAGAGUGAUCAUGAAAAUGAGGAAAAAAUGAAUGACCAGAAGGAGGAGGGAGAGGAGAAAGAGAAUGGGCAAGAGGAGGAGACUGAGUGGGUGAAGGGGGAGAAAGUGAGUGAUCAUGUUGAAGAGGAGAAAAUGGCUGACCAGGAAGAGGAGCAGGAGGGUGACUCUGCAGACCAGGACAAAAGGAGUAAACAGGAGGAGGCGAAAGGGAGCGUUCAAAAUGAGGAGAAAAAGGAUGACAAGGAGGAAGAGAAAAUGAGUUGCAAUGAGGAGGAGGUGAAACACAAUAACCAAGAGGUGGAGAUUGACAGGGUGAAGGAGGAGGAAGGAAGUGAUGUUGUUGAGGAGGAGAAAAUGGGUAACCGGAAAGUAGAGGAGGAGAAAGUGAGAGAUUAUGAAGGAAAUGAGAAAAACAGCAACCAAGAUGAAGGGGAGAAAAGAGGUGAUCGAGAGGAAGAAGAGAAGAAAGAGAGUGUUCAUCAAGAGGAGAAGAUGAAUGAGCAGGAGGAGGAGAACAAAGGGAGUUACAAUGAGAAGGAGAAACAGAAUGACCAAGAGCAGGAGAUUGACUGCAUGAGAGAGGAGAAAGAGAGUGAUCAUGGUGAUGAGGAAAAAAUGGGUGAUGGGGAAGAGGAGAAGAAAGAAUAUAAUCGUGAAGAGGAGAAAGAGAGCAACCAGGUGGAGGAGAAGAAAGGGAGUGAGCAUGAAAAUGAGGAGAUGAACAACCAGGAGGAGGAGAAAAAAGAUGAACUGGAGGAGGAGAAAAUUAGUUGCAAUGUGGAGGAGGAGAAAGAGGAGAACAGGAAAAAUGACCAAGAAGAGGAGGAAAAAGCUGACUUAGAUGAGGAGAAAAUGAGUUACAAUGAGGAGAGAAAGAAUGACAAAGAAGAGGAGGAUGUAAACAGUUGUUUUGUGAAGGAGCUUGAGAAGGAGGAGGCAGAGAAAGAUGAGGAGGAAAAAGAGUGUGACGAGGAGGAAGAAAGGACAAACCAGGAGGAGAAAGCGAGUGACCAUGAUGAGCAGGAGGAAAUGAGCUACCAGGAAGAAAAGGAGAACAUAAAUUACUAUGAGGAGGAGGAGGACGAGGAGAAGGAGAAAAAGAGUGACCCUGAGGAGAAUGGCCCGGAGGAGAAGAAGGACAAGGAGAAAGAGAUUGACCCCAAGAAGGAGGAGAGCAACGAGGCGGGGGAGGCAGAGGAAGGGAGUGACAAAGAGGAGGCAAGCGACCAGGAGGAGGAGGAAGGGAGCGACGAUGACGAGGAGGAGAAAGAAAGUGACAACGAGAAGGAGAGUGACCAGGAUGACGAAGAGGAGGAGGACAGCGAUGACGAUGACGAGGAGGACGAGGAGGAGGAAGACACUGACAACGAGGAGGAGCACACUGACCAGGGGGAGGACGACGACGACAACGAGAGUGACAGUGAGGAUGAAAGUGACAGCGGUCAGGACAGUGGCAGUGAGGAGGACAGUAACCACGAGGAGAAGACAGAUGGCGGCCAGGAGAAAGAGAAGGAGGAGGACACGGACAACAAGGAAAAUGAGAGGGCCAAUGAGGCGCAAGAGGAGGAGGAGGCGAUGGAUGUGGACGAAAGUUACGUGCAGGAGGAGGUGGGACGACAGAGCGACGCCAAGGCGAUGGGCGACCACGACAAGGAGAAUGACCUCGAGGAGGAGGUGCCGGAGGGUCGGUGGAACGAAGCAGUGAGGAGGCUCUGGGUGGAAAGAUGGAUACGGGCAAGGAGAGAGAACGGGAGGCGCUGGGUGGUCAUGAGGGGGAGGAGGUACAGAGCAAUGAGGAGGCGCUGGAUGACCACCAGGAGGAGGAAGAAGGCGAAGAGGAGUUUGGUCGCAAUGAGGAGGCGGGCCAAUAGAGUGAUGGAGAGCCCACGGAUCAGUGAGGCAGGAGGAGGAGAGUGGCCAGGAGGAGAACCAGGGAAUUAAACGUGAGCGGUGUGACGAGGAGGAAGAGGAGGAGGUGAGAAAGAGGGCACCUAAGAGCGACCACAAGGAGCUGCUGGAACAACGGGAAGGUGAACAGUGAGGAGCAGAAGGAGCAGGAAGAGGAGGCGGCCUUACCAUGAGGCACAACCAUUACAACAUUGCCUCAGAGUGGAGUAAAAUAUGUGUAAAUAUUAAGAGUGUAUGAUAAACUACUGUACUUGUCAUGUGUAUAUGAACUUGUUAGCAAAUAUGAAUAAUUUAUCGUGUAUCGUCAAAACAUAAACAAUAAAUCCAUUUGACCAAAUAUGAACGAUCACAAAGAAAAGCUCACUCAUUGUAAUUCCAUAUAAGGAGACUUGCAUUAUGCUGGCUCGGUAUGUGUGAGGUAAUCGAACAGUGACGUCGGCGGUAUGCAGGCACCAGGGGGCGUCCGAGGUCCAUGAUUCCGGACCGUGCCCAUCCGCCGGCAACAGCCUGGAUAAUGACCGCCGGGCGGGGCGAACUCGCGCCCGCUGCGCUUCCUCACUUAUGGGGAAGAACUUUUUAAAGACUGGGUGGGAAAACUGAAACGGAGCUGUAACGGUAAGCUCCUUUAAUUUAAUGUUUUGUGCCUCUUGUUUAGUUUUUACCAAAGUUUAGGUACAUUUCAGGUUGCGGUGGGUUUUUUUUUUCGUUUUUUUU